AUGGUACACGGUGUUGAAGACGACGACGACAUCGAAGAAGAAGCCCAGAUUCAAGACGAUAUCGAUGAGCUAGACGAGAUGGCCGAAGACGACGUCGAUCUGUUCCGCGAAGGAUACGAGGCCGAUUACCAGGAGAGAGAAAACGAUAGAUACGAGGGUAUUGACAUCGACGACCAGGAAUACGCCGAUAUGGGACCAGAUGGGUACCAAAGUGUAAACCGUGUGCUCGAUCGAAGAGAUCGAGUAUCUUCGGCGUAUACAAGGUAUCUUGAGGAAGACGACGAAGGUGAUAUCGAUUUAACUGCUCAACCCCGUCGUCGCCGCCACAACUACGACGAAGACCCCGACGAUGUGAUGGACACCGAUAUCAUGAACGAGGAAUUGUCACUUGAAGCACUGGGUGAUGUCAAAGCAUCCAACUUGACCGAAUGGGUGUCACAACCUGCUGUCCAGCGAACUAUCAGACGCGAGUUCAAGGCUUUCCUCACAUCCUAUACCGAUGCUUCUGGCUCGUCCGUCUACGGCAACCGAAUCCGUACACUCGGUGAGAUCAAUGCCGAGUCUCUUGAGGUCUCAUAUGAGCAUCUCUCCGAAAGUAAGGCCAUUCUGGCUUACUUCUUGGCAAACGCGCCUGCUGAGAUGCUUAAACUCUUCGACGAGGUUGCCAUGGAUGUCGUCCUUCUCCAUUACCCCGAUUACGAGCGUAUCCACUCCGAAAUUCACGUUCGUAUUUUCGACCUGCCUGUGCACUACACUCUUCGUCAACUCCGUCAGUCCCACCUCAACUGUCUUGUUCGAGUAAGCGGUGUUGUUACUCGACGAUCGGGUGUCUUCCCUCAGCUCAAAUAUGUCAAGUUUGACUGUUCUAAGUGCGGAGUGACCCUUGGACCCUUCCAACAGGAAUCCAACGUUGAAGUCAAGAUCACAUAUUGCCAAAGUUGCCAGUCAAGAGGCCCAUUCACUCUCAACUCGGAAAAGACGGUCUACCGAAACUACCAGAAACUCACUCUCCAGGAGUCUCCCGGUACAGUGCCUGCGGGUCGAUUGCCUCGAUCUCGUGAGGUUAUCCUUCUGUGGGAUCUCAUUGACAAGGCAAAGCCUGGUGAGGAGAUUGAGGUGACUGGUACCUACAGAAAUAACUAUGACGCCCAACUGAACAAUCGCAAUGGCUUCCCUGUGUUUGCCACUAUCCUUGAAGCCAACAACGUCGUCAAGUCUCACGACCAGCUGGCUGGUUUCCGAAUGACUGAAGAGGACGAACAUACCAUCCGCAAGCUCUCCCGCGACCCUAAUAUUGUGGACAAGAUCAUCAACUCGAUAGCGCCCAGUAUUUACGGACACACUGAUAUCAAGACUGCUGUUGCUCUGUCGCUCUUCGGCGGUGUUGCAAAGGUGACGAAGGGUGCUCAUCAUCUUCGAGGUGAUAUCAAUGUGCUCCUCCUAGGUGAUCCUGGUACAGCCAAGUCCCAGGUCCUCAAGUAUGCCGAGAAGACGGCUCACCGAGCUGUGUUUGCCACAGGUCAAGGUGCUAGUGCUGUUGGUUUAACAGCCAGUGUUCGACGAGACCCCCUUACCAGUGAAUGGACUUUGGAGGGUGGUGCUCUUGUGUUGGCUGAUCGUGGAACUUGUCUCAUCGACGAGUUCGACAAGAUGAACGACCAGGAUCGAACGUCUAUCCACGAAGCCAUGGAACAGCAGACCAUCUCCAUCUCAAAGGCUGGUAUUGUGACCACUCUACAAGCCCGCUGCGGUGUCAUUGCUGCCGCCAACCCUAUUGGUGGACGAUACAACUCCACGGCCCCCUUUUCUUCCAACGUCGAAUUGACAGAACCCAUUUUGUCUCGUUUCGACAUCCUGUGUGUGGUGCGUGACACUGUCGAGCCUGAAGAGGAUGAACGUUUGGCUCGAUUCAUCGUGGGAUCGCAUAGUCGAAGUCACCCCCAAAGCCAGUCUGCUGCGCAGGACUCAAUGGAGGUCGAGCAUGAUACGCAAGCCGAGACUCAAGGCGCUGCCCCAUCCCGUAAGCCCGAGGGCGAGAUUCCACAAGAGCUGCUAAGGAAAUACAUCCUCUACGCCCGAGAGCAUUGCUCGCCAAAACUCUACCAUAUCGAUGAGGAUAAGAUUGCACGACUCUUUGCCGACAUGAGACGUGAGUCCCUUGCCACUGGCGCUUAUCCCAUCACAGUGCGACAUCUUGAGGCCAUCAUUCGUAUUAGUGAGGCAUUCUGCCGCAUGCGUCUCUCGGAGUACUGCGCGUCCCAGGACAUCGAUCGCGCCAUCGCUGUGACGGUGGAUAGCUUCGUGGGCAGCCAGAAGGUUAGUUGCAAGAAGGCCCUCGCAAGAGCAUUCGCCAAGUACACGCUGGCGCGUCCUGGCGGCCAAAAGAAGACUGGCGGCAAUAGUCAGGGAAGACGGCAGGCCUCUGUCGCGGCGUAG